AUGGACGACAUAUUCAACCCCGCGACCCUGACCCGUCUAGACACCUCGACCUCAGUCAACGGCAGUAAAAACCUAUCUGCCGCGCCCAAAAGCGCAAAGUCCAGCGCAACCUACCCUCGUAUCGACCUCGAGCCAAUUUACACAGAUCUGAAGGAUGCCAUCGGCCAUAGGUGGGAAGUCUACUUCGACGCCGUCACGAGGUUCACAAGAGGAGAGCUACACGCGCGAGAAUUCGGCGAUGCGACGGACGAUAUCCUCUAUUCAGCUGACAAUGUCCUCCAUUUACAUAACAAGUUCAUCUGCGCUAUAGCGUUUAACUCGACUCGAGAUAGUCCUGAGCCUGGAAUUGCGGCAUGGGUUACGGCUGCUACCGACAAGUCCGCUGCUGCGACCGCUACGAAAGCAAAUGUGACGAGUGAUGCGGGCGAGCAAAGGUUGAAGAAGGAGGUUAUGGCUAUUCAUCCCAGGGAUCGGAGACGGCUCAAGAACUUGGGAAGUGAGCCUGAUGGUAAGGCUAAGGCGGAGGAUGAUCCGUUUCAAAGGCGCAACCAGUACGAGGAGGCGUACCUGGCGUCCAAGUACAAGGUGCCUGAAGUUAGUAAUGCUGCUGCUGGCGGACUUACGAAGACGAAUUGGGAGCCCGAAAUCAAGAAGAGGUAUCAGCAGCCGUUGUUCGCUGAGUCUGCUGAAUUUCCUGACGCUGCGAGUGUUUAUGCGAGGAUGGUGCCGAUCUGUUAUGAAGAGGCUAUACCACAGGGUUCUACCAUGGCUUGUGCGGAGCUGGUGGUCACCAGCGCCGAGUUCUUCAUGAAAGAUUUUCUCAAUACUGUGUUUGAACGGGUCAGGGUCAAUGGUCCUAGAGAUGAGAAUAGUGUUACUGGUAACGGGCACGAUGGGAUCUUUGGUGGAGGUGUCUUCACUAGCAAGUACAAGAAGCGAGUCACUCAGGAACACGAUGCCGUCAAGGCUGGUCAAUUGCAGCGUGUAAAGGAUGAUGAUCUUUUGCCCAUCGAGUCCGCUGUCUCGAAAGCUAGGCGACCGCUUGCCGUUAGCGACUUCAAACUUGCGGAUCGUGUUGGUCCACCUCUAUGGAAUCGUGUACCGAUGUUUGGCUUUGAGCUCGCUAACAAGGCUCCUGAGACCGAGUAUGAUGACUGGAAAGCUGAACAAGAGCACGAGGUUGUUCAAACUAACGGCCAUGUCGAUCACGGCAGGACAGAUGAUGAAAUGGAUGUCGACGAUGAUGACUUUGAUUGGGAGGCUGAAGGAUUUGGUAAUCGUGGUAUGCUCGAUUCCCUGCUAAGUGACUGUCUUGCUAUGCCUGCUUGA